UAACACACAGAGAAGAGAAGAUAAGAGUCAUUGCAUUGCAUUGCUUUGAACUCUCUCUCUCUGUUUGUUUUGCAUUGCAUUGAUGGUGGAGUCACAAGGAAAGACCACACUCGAUUCGGGAUGGCUGGCUGCAAGGUUCACCGAUGUGCAUUUCACUGGAACUCAGCUCACCACCACUCACCCUCCCUCUGGCCCCACUUCACCAUGGAUGCAAGCUGUCAUCCCUGGAACUGUUCUUGCAACCUUGGUGAAGAACAAAGUUGUGCCUGAUCCUUUUUAUGGACUUGGAAAUGAGGCCAUCUUAGACAUUGCUGAUUCUGGAAGAGAGUAUUAUACUUUCUGGUUCUUUACUACCUUUCAAUGUAGCCUGUCAAAAAAUCAGCACUGUGAUCUGAACUUCCGUGGAAUCAAUUACUCUGCCGAUGUGUAUUUAAACGGGCACAAAAUGGUCCUCCCAAAAGGAAUGUUUCGGAGGCAUUGUCUUGAUGUCACUAAUAUUGUUCAUCCUGAUGGUAGUAACCUGCUUGCUGUUCUUGUUCACCCUCCGGAUCAUCCUGGGAGAAUUCCUCCUGAGGGUGGACAAGGUGGUGAUCACGAGAUAGGAAAGGAUGUGACCACACAAUAUGUUCAAGGUUGGGAUUGGAUUGCUCCUAUAAGAGAUAGGAAUACUGGAAUAUGGGAUGAGGUUUCCAUCUCUAUUACUGGGCCAGUAAAAAUAUUUGACCCCCACUUGGUGUCAUCAUUUUUUGACAAUUAUAAGAGAGCAUAUCUGCAUGCCACAACUGAGUUGGAAAAUAGGAGCUCCUGGACUGCUGAGUGCUCUUUGAGUAUCCAAGUGACAACAGAACUUGAGGGGAACAUCCACUUAGUAGAGCAGCUUCAGGCUCAAAAUCUUUCAAUUCCUGCAAGAUCACGGGUGCAAUAUACAUUUCCUGAGCUCUUCUUCUACAAGCCCAAUUUAUGGUGGCCCAAUGGAAUGGGGAAGCAAUCUUUGUACAAUGUUGUUAUUAACAUUGAUGUUAAAGGAUAUGGUGAGUCUGAUUCAUGGAGCCAUUACUUUGGGUUCCGCAAAAUUGAGAGCCAUAUUGAUGUUGCUACUGGUGGAAGGUUGUUCAAAGUCAAUGGAGAGCCAAUUUUUAUACGAGGGGGUAACUGGACAUUGUCUGACGGGCUCCUACGACUUUCGAAGAAGCGGUAUAAUACAGAUAUCAAGUUUCAUGCAGAUAUGAAUUUUAACAUGCUUCGUUGCUGGGGUGGUGGACUGGCUGAAAGGCCAGAUUUUUAUCAUUAUUGUGACUAUUAUGGCCUUUUGGUAUGGCAAGAGUUCUGGAUUACUGGUGAUGUUGAUGGACGUGGUGUCCCAGUAUCUAAUCCAAAAGGUCCACUGGACCAUGACCUUUUCUUAUUUAGUGCAAGAGACACAGUCAAGCUUCUUAGAAAUCAUCCUAGUCUUGCCCUCUGGGUGGGUGGAAAUGAACAAAUUCCACCAGAUGAUAUAAAUGCUGCUCUGAAAAAUGAUCUGAAACUUCAUCCUUAUUUUGAACAUGUAAAUGAAAAUGGCAAACCUGUAGGUAACUUGUCCCCAACGUUGGGGGAUCCUAGCCAGUAUCUUGAUGGCACACGGAUUUACAUACAAGGAUCAUUAUGGGAUGGAUUUGCAGAUGGGAAGGGGAACUUCACUGAUGGACCUUAUGAAAUUCAAAAUCCUGAAGAUUUCUUCAAGGAUAGUUUUUGCAAAUAUGGAUUUAACCCAGAGGUUGGUUCUGUAGGAAUGCCAGUUGCUGCUACCAUAAGAGCAACAAUGCCUUCAGAGGGAUGGCAGAUACCAUUGUUUAAGAAACUUUCCAAUGGUUAUGUUGAAGAAGUUCCAAAUCCCAUAUGGAAAUACCAUAAAUACAUUCCAUAUUCUAAACCAACCAAGGUUCAUGAUCAGAUUCAGCUUUAUGGCACUGCAAAAGGUCUUGAUGACUUCUGUUUAAAAGCUCAACUUGCUAACUACGUACAAUAUAGAGCUCUUCUGGAGGGGUGGACUUCUCACAUGUGGAGCAAAUAUACAGGUGUAUUGAUUUGGAAGACACAAAAUCCUUGGACUGGUCUGAGAGGUCAAUUUUAUGACCAUCUACUUGACCAAACAGCAGGUUUCUAUGGCUGUCGAUCUGCUGCAGAGCCAAUACACGUACAGCUUAAUCUGGCUACAUAUUCUAUAGAGGUUGUUAACACUACAUCAGAAGAAUUGUCUAAUGUAGCUAUUGAAGCCUCAGUAUGGGAUCUCGAAGGAACAUGUCCAUACUACAGAGCUCAUGAAAACCUCUCUUUGCUGCCAAAAAAAGUAACACCUAUUGUUGAGAUGAAGUAUCCAAAGUCAAAAAAUCCCAAGCCAGUCUACUUUCUUCUUCUCAAACUCUACCACAUGUCAGAUUAUAGAAUUUUAUCUAGAAACUUUUAUUGGUUGCAUCUUCCUGAUGGAGACUACAAGCUAUUAGAGCCAUAUAGGAAGAAGAAAAUACCUCUCAAGAUAACAUCCGAGGUUUUCAUUGAAGGAUCCACUUAUAAACUUCAAAUGCAUGUGCAUAACACAUCUAAAAGACCAGACUCUAAAAGUUUAAAAUUUGAGCACAGGUCAACAGCUAGACUAAGCGAAAAUUGCUUUGUUGAAGACUCACCAGAAACUGUACAAAGUGGGGCUGGAAAAGAACACGAAAUUGGUUGGUUGAAGAGGAUACAUAGAUGCAUUGCCGGGAAAAGUGAUGGUUUGAAGGUUUCUGAAAUUAAUGGGCACGAUAUAGGUGUUGCAUUCUUUCUUCAUUUUUCUGUUCAUGCUUCAAAUAAGGACCACAAGGAGGGGGAAGACACAAGAAUUCUCCCUGUUCACUACUCAGAUAACUAUUUUUCACUGGUGCCAGGAGAGGCCAUGACUAUUAAAAUAUCUUUUGAGGUCCCUCCAGGUGUAACACCUCGAGUUACUCUGCAUGGCUGGAAUUACCAUGGACAAACCAUCCAUGAAGCUCUUUAGGGAUGUCACAGGCAACCUUGUGAAACUCUCUGUAUUUUAAAGGUAUCAGAGAGAACUUCAUGAGCUUAUUUUUGUUUACCUAUGCCUUCAAAAGUCAACAUUUUACAACAACAUUUGAGUAUUCAUAUUUCCACUAGUAAGUCACUGAUAAGACCACCUUUAGUUUGAUGUUUCCGGUGCUUUAUUUUCCAAUCAAUGCAAU